AUGGCUUCAAUCGACAGUGUGUUUGAAAACGCUGGUUUCGACGGCGCUAAGCGACGCAAGACGGAUGACGACGCACAGCCCGAGGAGGAGGCAUCAUUGCCAAAGUCGCCCCAAAUUGAAGAUGAACACAUUGAGGAACGAUUUGCAAUCCAGAAGUUGGUAGACGAACACAAAGAUGGCCCCCAGGAGGCUGACUGGCUGAAGGGUCUUGUUCUUGACCUCGAACGUGCUAUUACUUCAAACACGGAGAAACGAGAAUUGUUUGCUAAUGAACCUCUGAAGUUCAUGGACUCUGAAGUGGAGCUUGAGAAGGCCAUUCGAGCUCUCAGUGUGCUUACUACCACAGAUGAUGACGACUUUAUAACUGUCUACAAACGAUUUGUGUCCGACUUUGAAUGUCAUGUGUCUUUGAUGCAGCUUCUGGACCAUCCCAACCUCGACAUUGCACUCAUCACCUGUGAGAUCUUCCACGAGCUCAUCACUCGCACCAACGAUUUCGCUGAUCCCGAUGCCCUCACUAGGUCUCUAUGGUCUAACGACGACUUCAUCGAUUACAUCAUGGAACUGACCGACAAAAUCGUCAGGAUUGAUCCUACACAGAUCCAGUAUAUUCUCGACAUGGGAGACGUUAUGUUUGUUGAGGACGAUAUCACCCCACAGCUACGAACGCACAUCUUCCCCAAGUUUCUGGAUCUUCUCGCCGACAAGAAAUCACCCCUACUUUUGCAUGAUAGAUCAACCAUGGCUGAUUACUGUCUUACUUGGCUCACCAAGUACGAGUAUCGAACCGGAGUGUCUGCUGAACGAGUGGAAGCACUUAUCAAAUACCUGAUGGCCUACGUUGAUAAAGAUCCCACCAAGGGGGACGAGGAGGAACUGGCUGGAUCGAUAGCUGGUAUCCUCGCAUAUAUUCUCACCAGUCCUUCCGGACGAGCAGCUUUCGCUGAAGUUGAGGGUGUGGAUGCCAUGGUGAGGCUCAUGGGAGGAGAGGGCAAGUGGAUCAAGAAGCAUGCUGCUCGUAUUAUCAAGGCUGCUCUGAACUCUUAUGAUUCCACGGAGUUGGCUACAGUGUUUGUGCAAGCCAAGGGUUUGGGUGUUUUGUUCAAGGCUCUCAAGGCAGGCAAGAACAAGCAUUACAAGACCUAUAGUGAAUAUGGGGAGUUUCUGUGGGCCAUAUAUGCUUCUCUGCUGCGUCUUUUGCCUUCGGAUUCGCCUGAACGAGUCAGAGUGAUAGCCAAGAUGGACAAGGCUAAGUUGGAUGAGCUUAAGGAGCUCAGAGAUGACACACAACAGGCUGUAGAUACCAUGAUUCCCGCACUGGAGAGUGCAUUGGCCAAUGAGGAGGACACUGAGGAGAUCGUGACUGACAUGGAGAUGCUAGGAAGCAGGCUGGUGGUGGUUCUGGACACGAUAUUUGCAUGGAUGAAAGUAGAGGGUCAGGAUAUUGAGGUGGACAAAGAGGUGCUCAAGCAGGAGAGAGAUAACAAGGCUCGGUACCUUGGCUGGGAUGAUGAUAGCAAUGAGUAUCAGGAGAUGAUGAAGAACAACAAGGAUAUAGUUGGCAUGUUGGAUUAUUUGCUUGAGAGCAAGUGA